AUUUGUUAAAAAUGAACGAAGAAGGCAGAAGUGAUAGGUCGGAAAGCAUGGACAAAAGUCUGAGUUCAAUAAGAAGUAUUGAUGGGUAUAGUUAUGAUCAAGGGCAACAGAAGUGAUUUGAGAAAGAGGUCGCAAUUGGAUCGACUAUGAAAUUAUUGCAGCAAUUAAUAGUUGCGAUUUUGGUAUUUGAUGUGUAUUAUGGUUAUUUCUACUUGUUUCUCUAUAGCAAUCACCCCUCAGCAGUAAUUGCUCAUAAGUUAGAUAGGGUAGCGAGACUUUUAAUGGGAGCAGCAGGAGUUCUAGGGAUCGUUGGGUAUAGGAAAUUAGAUACCAAUGAAAGAUAUUUUAGCAUUUACCUCAAGACCAAAAUUGUGUUUUCGGUCAUUCUUCCUCUCAGCACUAUUGUUUGUAGAAUUUAUGAUUGCAUGACCUAUAAAUGGUCAAUAAAGUUUCCUCAGGAUGAACUAUGCCCGUACUUUGGCUACACAAUAUGGAUGAUUUUUGAAGUUGUAUUCUGGGUAACUCAGGCAUACAUAUUAAACAUGUACAUCGAGAUGACUGCGAAAGGAAAGUAUAUUAAAUUUAAAGGACUUGAUGCUAACAACGUCGAAAUGAUGAAGGUAAAGAAUCCAUAAGAUACGAUCUCAUGUUAAUUUCUCCGCAGUAAUAUCCUAGCAUUUCA